AUCUGAUUCCUGGGACUACACAGUCUGUCCUCCACAUACCAGGUCCACCCUUCUUUGAAGCAUGAGUUCACAUCAGCAGAAGCAGCCCUGCACAGCUCCUCCUCAACUGCAUGAGCAGCAAGUGAAACAGCCUUGCCAGCCACCACCUCAGGAGCCAUGUGUUUCACAAAUCAAGGAGCCCUGUGACACCAAGAUUCCUAAGCCCUGCGACAUCAAGGUUCCUGAGCCCUGUGACACAAAGGUUCCUGAGCCCUGUGACACAAAGGUUCCUGAGCCCUGCCACCCCAAGGCUCCUGAGCCCUGCCACCCCAAGGCUCCUGAGCCCUGCCACCCUAAGGCUCCUGAGCCCUGUCACCCUAAGGCUCCUGAGCCCUGUCACCCCAAGGUUCCUGAGCCCUGUCACCCUAAGGCUCCUGAGCCCUGUCACCCCAAGGUUCCUGAGCCCUGCCACCCCAAGGCUCCUGAGCCCUGUCCCUCAACUGUCACUCCAAUACUAGCCCAACAGAAGACAAAGCAAAAGUAAUGCCCAAGGCUAUGCCUUGGGGAGAUGAUCACCAAUGGAUGCUGAGCCUCGAUUUCCAUUCUGUUUGAAUAUACUAUGCCCUUAUAUCACAGCCCUACCUCUCAUUUAUAUCUUAAAAUUAAGUACUACAAAGCUUUGUUUUAACCUACUAAUCUGGGGCCUCUGGGUCUCAAAAUUCAGCUGAGGACUUAGUAGCUGAGCUAGUUUGUCCUCUCAAAAUUCUUCUGAAAAGAGACCAAGUUACAAGUGAUUGGAUUGUUAUGUUCCUAUUAAAUCUCCUUCCACUCCU